UCAGAGCUUCUGCCCGGGCGGGCGCGCGGCGGCGGCGGCUGAGGCGGCGGAGCCUGAGCGGGGAUGUAGAGGCGGCGGCGGCACCGGCGGCAGCAGAGGCGGCGGCGGCGGCAGCGAGAGCAGGCGUCCGAGCUCAGCAAGAAGAGCGGCCGAACCUUGCCCCCCGAAGCCGGGCCCCGCGUCCCAGCCCUGCCCAGCCCGCGCCCAGCCAUGCGCGCCGCCUGCUGAGUCCGGGCGCCUCACCCUGCGCCCUCCGCCCGCCGCGCCGCGCUCCGCUCUGGGGUGAUUAGUUGCUUUUUGUUGUUUUUUAAUUUGGGCCGCGGGGAGGGGGAGGAGGGGCAGGUGCUGCAGGCUCCCCCCCCCUCCCCGCCUCGGGCCAGCCGAGGCAGCUUGACUCCGGCUCCGGACCCGGGCUCAGCGGCCGGCGGAGCUGGAGCGGAGCGCACGGCGGCGGCGGUGCCUAGAGCGGAGCGCGGCUCACCGCCCCGCCCCUCCCCCUCGUCCCCGCGGCGGCGGCGGUGGCGGCUUGGACGACUCAGAGAGCCGGACUUCCCAGAGCCUUGAGACCAUUGAUGUGGGAUAGGAAUAGCCAAUGAGGAUCCAGGGGCAGCUUUCCGUGCUUCAUGGUCGACACCUUCUGUUGAUCUUCCCUCCAGAGGCUUUUCCAACUCCUCUUCUCCGUAGCUGGGUCAGGGAAGCAAGAUUAGCAAACAUCUCCAGCUCUCUCCUCUUAGCCCAGGAAGAACUGCCUGCCUCCAUCAGAGUGAAGACACUUCCACGUGGACGCCGGACCAUGUGCCUGCCCUGAGCAUCAAGGACCACCAGGCAUCUCUGUUGUGGGCAGCAGGGCCCAGUGCUUGCCUGAGGACCCUCAGUAGUUGGCAGGUUCCCCCAGCAGCGGGGUCUGGGCCUCGGCCCCACCAUGUCGAGCCUCAGCAGUGGCUCCCAGGACACCAGCGGCAGUAGCAGUAGCAACAAUGCCAAUGGCGGCAGUGGCAGUGGCAGUGGCUCCAAGGCCGGAGUGGCUGACAAGAGUGCAGCGGUGGCUGCUGCUGCACCAGCCUCAGUGGCAGAUGACGCACCGCCCCCCGAACGUCGGAACAAAAGUGGCAUCAUCAGUGAACCCCUCAACAAGAGCCUGCGUCGCUCCCGCCCUCUCUCCCAUUACUCUUCCUUUGGAGGCAGCGGGGGCAGUGGCGGUGGCAGCAUGAUGGGCGGGGAGUCUGCCGAAAAGGCUGCUGCGGCUGCAGCCGCUGCCUCCCUGUUGGCCAAUGGGCACGACCUGGCGGCAGCCAUGGCUCUGGACAAAAGCAACCCUACCUCAAAGCACAAAAGUGGUGCUGUGGCCAGCCUGCUGAGCAAGGCUGAGCGGGCCACGGAGCUGGCAGCCGAGGGACAGCUGACGCUGCAGCAGUUCGCACAGUCCACGGAGAUGCUGAAGCGCGUGGUGCAGGAGCACCUACCGCUGAUGAGCGAGGCUGGCGCAGGCCUGCCCGACAUGGAGGCUGUGGCGGGUGCUGAAGCCCUCAAUGGCCAGUCCGACUUCCCCUACCUGGGCGCCUUCCCCAUCAACCCAGGCCUCUUCAUCAUGACCCCGGCAGGUGUGUUCCUGGCCGAGAGCGCGCUGCACAUGGCGGGCCUGGCCGAGUACCCCAUGCAGGGUGAGCUGGCCUCAGCUAUCAGCUCGGGCAAGAAGAAGAGGAAACGCUGCGGCAUGUGCCCGCCCUGCCGGCGGCGCAUCAACUGCGAGCAGUGCAGCAGUUGUAGGAACCGAAAGACUGGCCAUCAGAUUUGCAAAUUCAGAAAAUGUGAGGAACUCAAAAAGAAGCCUUCCGCUGCUCUGGAGAAGGUAAUGCUUCCGACAGGAGCCGCCUUCCGGUGGUUUCAGUGACGGCGGCGGGAACCCAAAGCUGCCCUCUCCGUGCAAUGUCACUGCUCGCGUGGUCUCCGGCAAGGGAUUCGGGCGAAGACAAACGGCUGCACCCGUCUUUAGAACCAAAAAUAUUCUCUCACAGAUUUCAUUCCUGUUUUUAUAUAUAUUUUUUGUUGUCGUUUUAACAUCUCCACGUCCCUAGUAUAAAAAGAAAAAGAAAAAAAAAUUUAACUGCUUUUUCGGAAGAACAACAAAAAGAGAGGUAAAGACGAAUCUAUAAAGUACCGAGACUUCCUGGGCAAAGAAUGGACAAUCAGUUUCCUUCCCGUGUCGAUGUUGAUGUUGUCUGUGCAGGAGAUGCAGUUUUGUGUAGAGAAUGUAAAUUUUCUGUAACCUUUUGAAAUCUAGUUACUAAUAAGCACUACUGUAAUUUAGCACAGUUUAACUCCACCCUCAUUUAAACUUCCUUUGAUUCUUUCUGACCAUGAAAUAGUGCAUAGUUUGCCUGGAGAACCCACUCACGUUUAUAAAGAGAAUGUCGAUGGCGCCGUGUUGAAGCCCCUCUGUAUCCAUCCACGUGGGCAGAGCUGCCUCGAGGAGCUCACGGAAGGGGAGGGAGCAGACCCCCCGGCCCCCCGGGCCCAGGCCAGGUGUGCUACACCCACAGUCCCCGCAAUGGGACCCCCCCCACCCCAACAGUGAUUCUGCAAAAAUGGAAGUUCUGUUUGUUUAUCCACUGAGAUCUGGGGAGCCAGGUCUGGACAGUCCUGAUCCUGGCUACUUCCCUUAGAGAAAACAAGUCCCUUCUUUUCCCACGUGGCUGGUGGCAACAGAAGAAAGGGCUUCUUUGGGUGGUCCCCUGCCAGUGGGGGUGGGUGCCCAGGGGGUCCCUCUCGGCCUGGGCCUCCCUGCCCGCGGCCAGCUUCCUGCUGAUGAACAUGCUGUUUGUAUUGUUUUAGGAAACCAGGCUGUUUUGUGAAUAAAACAAAUGCAUGUUUGUGUCACGAA